ACAUUUUACACUUUAUUUGUCUUGGUAUUUUGGGUGCUGUCACUGUCCUAACUAUUUGAGUGUUGCAAGUUGUUGAGCACUGAUACAAGAACAUGAGCUGCCCAGGAUUAAUAAGGGUAACCCUGACCCUUAGGUAAGCCCAGUGUGCAGCACAGUGUUUGCUCUCAGCGGUGAGGCAGUGAUGCAGUCUGCCACACUCAGCCACUGACUCACACUUACAUGCCUAGGUGUGUGACCCAUUCAGGCCGCGGGAAGGAGCAUGGCGCAGGACCUGGGGGAGGAGGAGGACGCCCCGGGAGAAGACUCUGACGGGCUGCUCUGCGCCACACUCUGAGCCUCGCCAUGGCCGCCGCCGACAGCUUCCCGCCUCCCAACGACACUUACGAGGUGCUGCUACCCCUCGCCGCCACGCCCCCGCCCUCCGACCCUGACCCUGACCCCUGUGCCCCCCUCCUGCCCCACUUACUGCCCACCAAGCCCCUGCCCACAGACUUAGCCUCGGAUGCCCCCGCCACACCCUCACCAGAGCCACAGGAGUUGCAGGAACCAUUCGCCACGCCCACAGACGAGGCAUGUGAAGAGGAGCCACAGGAGGAGUUUCAGCAACCACCCGCCACGCCCACAGACGAGCCACGAGAAGAUGAGUCCCAGCCUCGCCCCGCCUCGCCUGCCGAGGAGCCGUUGGAGGAGACCCAAGCUACAGAGCAACCAAAGGAUGACUCCCCGCCACACUCAGAGGAUGACUCCCCGUCACAAUCAGAGGAUGACUCCCCGCCACACUCAGAGGAGGAGUCCCCGCCACACUCAGAGGAGGAGUCCCCGGAGUCUCCCGCUUCCCAGCCGCGUCCUGUCUCUCCGCCCCGCUCGGCCCCACCCCGCACCACCUACUCGGCCUACCUGGCCCCGUUCCGCGCUGGCUCCCGGGGCGGCGACGCCUCCUUGGGGCUGCCGCCUCCCAUGUUGCGGCCCUUCUCCGCCUCGCCGGACUACUCGUGUCUUCCAAAGGACAAGAUCCAGUUCAUCUUGUCCCUGAAGGAGGCGCUGAAGCGUCACGGCACCGUCCCCUCCACCUUCAACAGGCUUGGCUUCUUCGAGGAGAUACACCGGCUCCUGGCGGACGAGGUGUGGCAGAUCCGCAACGAGGCCACGCUGCUGUGCCUCGCCCUGCUGCCCUACCUCGGCCAGGACCUCGACGCCUGCAUGGCCGUCGUGCUGCCCCGACUCGUGCCCAACCUAGGGGACUCUCGCCACCUGCUGCGUCGCUCCUCCUUGCGCCUGCUUAGGGCCUACGCCGCCAUCAGCAGGGACCCUGAGGGGCUGGUGGAUGACAUCAUAACCCACGGCGUGAAUCACCGUAGCCGGCGGGUGAGCCAACUGGUGAUUGCGGGCGUGGAGCACCUGAUGCGAGGCGAGGCCCUGCGUGAAGUGGACCUGGCGCCCCUCGUCCAUGCCCUGCUGGCCAGGCUGCACGACGAUGAGCUGCAGCCCGCGGUGCUGCCCACCCUGCUGGCCUUGCGUGGCCUCGUCGGCGACGCCACCUUCGCCACGUACCUGAGCCACAUGGAUGCCGACGCUCGGGAGGAUCUGGACCGCAUGCUGCAGGACGAGGAGCUGCAGUUUCCUGACGAUGACAAGGACGUGGUGGUGGUAGCUCGCCAACCCGCCCCGACCCGCCCACCCACCCUCUCACCGCGUCCCAGCCUAGAGUAUGGGGUGGUGGAGGCCGACACCAUGAACAAGAUACGACACUCGGAGGACUGGAAGACCCGCGCCGAGGGCUGCGAGGAGCUGCGCGGCGUCGUGAAGGCCCUGACGGACGCGGGGCCGCUCCUGCCACACCUGCCGCCCUUCGUGCAGCUCCUCGACUCGCUCUUCGACGACAACAACUUCAGGAUCUCCCUCACCAUCCUGGACAUCUUCAGGCUGCUCCUCGACCUGCUGGAUAAGGACACGCUCAAGGAACACCUGCGCCAGCUCGUGCACGCCGUCAGGAAGCAUGUGGGCGACUCCAAGGUGGUGGUGCGAAUCGAAAACAUGCGCGUCUUCAGGAAGUUGCUGCAGGCCGCCUCACCCGCCGCCGUCGUGCCCAUCCUCUGCGACGCUCUGAUCAGCCACCGCUCCUCACGCGUCAGGGAGGACUCACUCAACCUCAUCAUCUACGCCCUCAUGACCUUCCCCAGCUAUGAGUUCGACCUGAAGAGCCUGGCGGAUUGUGUGAGCGUGGCCGUUGUGGACCCCAAGCGGCGAGUGCGUCAUGCUGCCCUGGAGUGUCUGGCGGCAGUGGCCCAGUUCCUCGGCCCCGCCAAGCUCGGCCCUCUCAUGGCGGCCGUGGACAGGCUGGAGGAUGACGAGGAAGAGGCCGAGGGGGUCCUGGAGGCGGUGCAGGCGAGGCUCGCGAGGCGGCAGCUCCCCCGCGUCUCCCCGGACGGCUUGAUCGAGUACUCCCUCGUGGUGCCCGUGACAGGCAGGCACUCCAGCCUCACCAGGAUAAAAGGCGCUGACGUGGACUGGGUGUUGCGCGGGGCGGGCGGGGGUGCGGCGGGGUCCCAGGGGGGUGGGUGGCCGUCCGCUCUCUCCGCCUCCUUCACCGCCUCCGACUCCUACGUCGACGCCCUCGCCUUCACCCACCCGCAGUCCUCGCCCCCCCAGCGGUCCCGACACGCGCCGCCGCCACUCGGGGGAUCGCUGCACAGAAAACGCUCCAUAUCAGACGUGACACUCAACAAAACGUCCCCCGCCCACACCCGCGGCGUGAGGACCGCCUGUCCCGCCACGGGGCGCCGCGGCACCCCUGGGCCCCCGGGGAGCACCAGCGCCCUCCGCCGCCCAUCUUCCCCAGUGCCGGACGCACCCCUGCUGCUGGGGGCGCGACUCUCCCCGGGGCACAGCCCUGGACGCUCCCGCUCCCUACCGGGCCUGCAGGUGUCUGCCCGCGGUGCCCCGCACACCGCCAUUCGCCGCGAGCGGUCUUUGAGCAGCGUGACGGCGGUGCUGCCGCCGCCCACCGCUUACGUGACACCCAUCGAGGGGAGCCGCGCCCCCUCGAGCGGCAGGGUAGGUGCACUGGAGGACAGUGCCAUGUGGAGGAUGCUGCACGGCGCGCCACACUGGGAAGUCUCCGCCAAGAAGAUGUGGAGCCCCGGCCCGCCCGCCUCCAGGGAGCCCGUCAGGCUGCCCUUCCUCGACGUGACGCCCACCACGGUGCUGCAGAGGCUGAGGGACGCGCCCGACACCCACCACGCCCACCACACACACCACGCACACGUUGAGGUCAGCAUGAGUCAGGUCGGAGGCCGGGGCGGGGCAGGGCGGGGUGUGGGUGCCUCACUAGGCAGGCGGCGGCGGCGAGCACAGGUGUGUGGUGUGGUGCCGGUGUGCCAGCCCACCUGUGUGCCACCUGCCGGCCAUUAG